GCUCAGGCAGGUACCUCAUCAUACCACCACAGAAGCCAUUCAGAAGCAACACAAUCACGAGACGAUUACCACGUUCGUUUGACUCAACACUGCAAGAUGUCAGAAAGUCCUACCACUGCUUCUCGCAACCAAAGAGACCCUGGUAGUCCAACUAUCACGGGUAUUCCGUCCAUUUUAACAGUUCUUCGCGAGCCUGAGUCCUUCUCAACGAUCGACGACAGACGAGGGCAACAGUACCGUCAACAGUCUCCAGAGACUGCCUCCAAGUUAGCGCGUGAGACCCUCAUCAGCAUGUGUAAGACAAUUGGCCUGGUCGGCGCACAGCUUAACAAUGGGACGAAUGACUCCGACUUCCAGCUCAGGCAGCUCAUUCAUUUAGCACGCAACAUAACCAAGCGGCUUGACAGUCCUGAGCCAAACGGGCAAAACGGAUAUGCCGGCCCCCCUCGCAUGGAUUAGAUAAGGAAGUCUCUGAGUGUCGGAAAACAGCGAAGUCCUUCAUUUACAUUAUGGAAAGCCGGCAAACUGGAAGGAUCACGACG